AUGUUCCAGACCAAGGAUAUCGUCAUCAGUCGUCAGGUCCUUGGAAGCACUGCGGAAUAUUUCAGGGACGGCAAUGACGGUCAAGUGGUAUUGCUGGGGUUGUUGAGAAGUUGCUCUGAUGGCCUGAAACUGCGAAUUAACAUAUCCUUGAGCUAUUUAUCUCGAUUUUUCAAAAUGUCCACUGUGAAUGCCGAGCCUGAGGCACUUCUAGCUUUGACACCGCGAAGCCCCAUGACCUCGUUUGCCUGGAGUGACUCUAGGAAUGACGGAAACGUGAACACUCUCAACGUCGUCGUGGCGGCAAGUGAUCUGGGCGGCAUAGCGAGUACAGAGCUCUGGCGCCCUAACGAGAGGGGCUUCGCCGACCACAACGAGGUGUGGGAACGAAACAAGGUCAGCGAUGCCAAGCUCACGCAGCUUGUCAACUGUGCAAGAGUAGAUGUCGUCGCCAAGCGACUAGCCCACAGCAGUGUCGGUCUCUUUGUCAACCAUCUUCGCAUACAACGUGCAAGUAUCGGCGUUAUCCAGAAGGGGCAACAUUGA